GACAACCCUAUCUCCAUGCGUGGCUUGAAACGUGUAAAAAUAACAGGCAAUUGCUGAAUAAAGGAAUUGCAUUUAAAGUUGAAGAAUAUUAAACCGCUCCUGGAAGUCAACUAGGAAUCGCUACUUGCGAUAUUCGAUAACUUGAAAACCAACACUAUCCAACAUAGUUGGCCAGGUUACAACUACAAUAAAUAACACUGGCCUAACAUUUAACCGAAAGAAAGUCUGGCCAAAACCCCUUAACCUAAGCCGCCCCGCCCCCCUUUUGUACCGUUUGUGGCGUUUGUGUUUUUGUGCCAUUCCCGAUACGAAACUAAAAACGAUUACAAAUACGAUCCGGAACGACCGCGUGUGUUUUGUGUGAGUGCGGGAGAAGCAAGAAGAAGCAGAGCGCAGAAGUUGCAGGAGGGCGAAAGUGUGUCGCGUGAAAAAACCAGAGAUUUUCUACGGUAGAGGAACAGGAACGGAAUCCACAACGAUGGCUGCCCAGGAAAAUACCGAAAUCACCACAAAGUUCUCCACACUGAACGUGAACGCCGUGGAAUUUGUCCCCAGUUUCAGUUACAGCGUGGCUGCAGCGGCGGCGACGCAGCCAGAGACGCCGCCCCCGCCUGCUUCUGUAGUCGGUGGGGCAACGGAUCCCGGCCCGGGUGCCACUGCAUCUGCAUCCGCCUCUGGAUCCGCCACACCAGCCACAACCCCCGAUUCCACCGGCAGCGGGGGAUCCACAAACGCACUGGCAGCAGCGGGAACGGGGGCAGCCGCGGUAGCACCUGCUGCUCCAACAGCCACGGUUUCCACCUCCAAUUCCGCAUCACCUCUUCAGGGUUCGCCCGCCACCACGCCCUCAAAAACAGCCGCGGCGGCUCCCGUGGAGAACAUCAAUUCAUCGGACAAAACUGCAAACAAUGAAACUGAUCCCGCUGAUAGCUGGGACGUAGAAGAAGACGCAGUGAUCACACCAGAAGACGAGGAAGUUGAGGAUGCGGAGUUCGCAGAGGGUGAGGCCACGCCCAAGGUCUCCAAAAAGAAGGUGGUGAAGGUGGGGGAGGAAAACAGAAGCAAGCGUGAGCAUGUGAACGUUGUCUUUAUUGGCCAUGUUGAUGCUGGAAAAUCAACGAUCGGUGGACAGAUUAUGUCGCUCACAGGAAUGGUUGACAAGCGGACACUGGAGAAGUACGAGAGGGAGGCUCGCGAGAAGUCGCGUGAGAGCUGGUAUUUGUCAUGGGCGCUGGACACCAACCAGGAGGAGCGCGACAAGGGCAAGACUGUCGAGGUGGGACGUGCUUUCUUCGAGACGGAACGCAAACAUUUCACCAUCCUGGACGCGCCCGGCCAUAAGAGCUUUGUGCCGAACAUGAUCGGCGGUGCGGCGCAGGCCGAUCUCGCGGUGCUGGUCAUCUCGGCGCGAAAGGGAGAAUUCGAGACAGGUUUCGAUCGUGGCGGCCAGACCCGAGAGCACGCCAUGUUGGCCAAGACGGCCGGCGUCAAGCACCUGGUCGUGCUGGUCAACAAAAUGGACGAUCCGACGGUUAAUUGGGAUCAGGUGCGAUACAACGAAUGUAAAGACAAAAUACUACCAUACCUCAAGAAGCUGGGCUUCAACCCGGCCAAGGACCUUACCUUCAUGCCUUGCUCGGGCCUCAGCGGCUACGGCCUAAAGGAUCAGAUCCCCGAGACGCUGUGCCCCUGGUACCGGGGGCCUGCCUUCAUUCCAUUCAUCGAUGAACUGCCGUCACUUAACCGCAAGUCCGACGGUCCCUUCAUUAUGCCCAUUGUUGACAAGUACAAGGACAUGGGCACCGUUGUGAUGGGCAAGGUGGAGUCUGGAACGGCGCGGAAGGGUCAAAAUCUGUUGGUGAUGCCAAACAGGACGUCAGUGGCAGUUGACCAGCUGUUCUCCGACGAUUAUGAAGUCACAUCUGUGGGUCCCGGUGAGAACGUCAAAAUCAAACUGAAAGGCAUCGAGGAAGAGGAUGUUUCACCUGGUUUUGUGCUCUGUGAUGCCACUAAUCCCAUCAAGACGGGAAAAAUCUUUGAUGCUCAGGUCGUAAUCUUAGAACACAAAUCAAUUAUCUGCGCAGGCUACUCGGCUGUCAUGCACAUACACUGCGCCGCCGAGGAGGUCACAGUAAAGGCCCUCAUAUGUUUGGUCGACAAAAAGACUGGCGAGAAAUCAAAAACACGUCCACGAUUCGUUAAGCAGGAUCAGGUCGCAAUCAUGCGCAUCGAGUGCUCCGGAAUGAUUUGCCUUGAACAGUUUAAGCUAUUCCCCCAAAUGGGUCGGUUCACGCUCAGAGAUGAAAAUAAAACCAUUGCUAUUGGCAAGGUACUAAAGGUGGUCGAAUAAAUUGAGCCAAGCUAAAUUCAAGCGCCCGCCUUUCACUGCGAUUUUUGAGAUAGCAUUGCACGCCAGACGAGAGACAACAGAAACAGCAGCGCCACGCCACGCUUUCUUCAUCAUUGACAACCACUCACUCACCACCACACACCCAGCAGCAAACCCUCACUCGUACUCCUACACACAUGUGGUUACUUUACUCCAUACCUACCAGCAAUAGAAAUUUAUACAUUGGUUAGAGGAAAUCGGUUAGGUGUCUGACAGAAGAAAAACCUAGACCUAACUGAUGGCAAAUGAAGGUAGUGUGCAUUAUUAAACGGGCAAAUUGAAAGUUAGUUAACUACUCGAACGAGUAGCCAGGCGGAGAAGAGAUGAAAACAGAAACGCAUUAUAUACAAAAUAUUAACUAUAUUAUGUGAAACUAUACAACAGACCGGAAGCCAAUGCGAAAAAGAAUGAUGAACUAUUUAUAUAUACACAAAACACUCGUUCGUAUAUAAACGACUAUGUAUGCAAGAGAGGGAGUAGGAGACGAGCCGGAAUGAUAAUUGAUGAUGCACGAAUAGGUUACACUUGAUUCCGUUUGUUGAGGCCUAUUAUCGAGAAUAUUGAACAUUGGUAGCCGCCAUCGGUAUACAUACUUUCGUUUAUUACUUUUGUAUAAAAUAUAAGGAUUACACGCCCAACACAUGCAGGCCUAACCGCGCUCAAGUCGCGAAUUUUUUUAAGAACUAAACUACAGCUGCAAGCUACCCUUUUUGUAUUCGUAGAAGUGAGACGCAAGCUGCCAGGCUCCGCCGCGGAUCCAGCCGCUCUCUUCCCAUUCGGCUUCCUGUACGCGCCUUUAAAUUGCAAAUUUGUUAGAUGUCCCGCAAACACAUUACGAUAUUUCAGCUCUUGUUUUUUACACGAUAUAAUCUAAAUGCUUUAAUUUAAGUUUAAGCUUAAAAUCAUGAAGUACAGUUUGUUUGAUUUGUAAGCUCAAAAUGAUAAGUCGUUUGGUGUAUUUAGCAAACGCAAUUAGAAUCAGAAACAGAGAAACAUGUAUCAACUACGUAAUCUUUAAUUGUUAACCUUAAUCUUAAUUGAAUAUCCUUUGAUAAACCAAUUUAAUUUUUGCAUAAACAACAUUUCAUUUUCUUAUAAUUUAGUUAAUUGAAGAAUUCGUGAGAGUUGAACCUGAGACACGAAACCGAUAUUGAAAAAAUAAUAAAUGCCUUUUGCUAUUAAGCAGAAACCAAAAACCGA